AGUCAAAUGGCAGAAGGAAUUCUGCAAUUCAACGUGGCUUCAAUGGUUGAAGACAUUCUUCAACAGCACAGGAAAAGACUCGACGACAUUGAUUUGGCCUCACGAAAAGCUCAAGAAGCUUCAUUAAGAAGAUAUGAUGCUGCCAGCUGGCUAAGAAAAACGGCCGGCGUGGUGGCCGCUAAAGAUCUUCCUGCCGAGCCCUCAGAAGAUGACUUUAGGCUCGGCUUAAGAAGUGGGAUUAUACUCUGCAAUGUGCUCAACAAAAUCGAGCCUGGCGCCGUGACAAAAGUAGUUGAGACUCCUCCCGACACGGUGAUAAUCCCGGAUGGCGCUGCUCUUACCGCUUAUCAGUACUUCGAAAAUGUUCGGAAUUUUCUUGUUGCUAUAGAGGAAAUCGGGAUUCCCAUUUUCGAAGCUUCCGAUUUGGAGCAAGGCGUGUCUAACUCGUUGCACGUGCUCGUUCGUGAGCUUCUUUCGGACAAAAGCAGAGAAGAAAUUCCUUUAAUUGUAGAGAGUAUGUUGAGUAAAGUUAUGGAAGAAAUCGCGCACAAGGUUUCAAUCCGAAACGAAGUAAUUCAAAUGGCUCCAUGGGUUAUUAAGGAUGUCCCGAGUUCAAAUGGGACCGAAGAAAUGGAGGAUGCAAAGAUAACUCCAAACGAGGAGUGCUCGAAAAACAUUACGCAGACUGAUUUUCGAGACAGUGAAGCAUCGGAAAACCAUUCUGUGAGGUAUUCGGAUUUUGUUGAGCACCAAGAGAGAAGUGUGCAGGAAUUGAAGAAUUUGCUUCAUACCACGAAACAAGACAUGAAGCUUCUCCAAAUGAAGUAUCAAGACGAAGUUGAUAAUCUCGGUAAGCACUUGAAUACCCUGGCUAUUGCUGCUAACGGAUACAAAAAGGUCCUUGAGGAGAAUCGCAGAUUAUACAAUCAAGUACAGGAUCUCAAAGGGAAUAUAAGAGUUUAUUGCCGAGUUCGUCCUUUUCUGCCGGGACAGGCAAAUGGUUCUUGUGCUGUUGAAGAUAUUAGUGAUAACUCUCUCGCGAUCGUAAUUCCUUCCAAAAACGGAAAAACGAAAAAGUCAUUCACGUUCAACAAGUGUUUCGGUCCAUGUUCAAGUCAAGAAGAAGUAUUUGCUGACACACAGCCAUUGAUUAGAUCUGUUCUUGAUGGCUACAAUGUCUGCAUAUUUGCUUACGGUCAAACCGGGUCGGGAAAAACCUUUACCAUGACAGGACCAGAGGAACUUACAAAAGAGACGUUGGGAGUGAACUACCGAGCAUUGAGUGAUUUGUUCCAAAUAUCCGAACAGAGGAAAGACAUCAUUGCUUACGACAUAUCGGUUCAAAUGACGGAAAUAUACAACGAGCAGGUCCGGGACCUACUCGCUACAGAUGGCGGCAAUAAGAAAUAUCCUUUUUUCAUUCGUAACAACUGCUCCAACGGCAUUAACGUGCCGAACGCGAAUCUUGUGCCCGUCGCAUCAACUUACGAUGUCAUCAACUUGAUGAACCUCGGCCACAAGAACCGUGCCGUGGGAUCCACACUCAUGAAUGAUAGAAGUAGUCGUUCACAUAGUUGUCUCACGGUUCAUGUACAAGGCCGAGACCUAACAUCCGGAGCAAUCCUUCGCGGGUGCAUGCAUUUGGUCGACCUUGCGGGAAGUGAAAGGCUCGACAAAACCGAGGCGAUUGGGGACCGGUUAAAGGAGGCUCAACAUAUAAACCGAUCCCUUUCGGCUUUAGGAGACGUCAUAUCAUCUCUCGCCUUAAAACAAUCUCACAUCCCGUAUAGAAACAGCAAGCUCACGCAAUUGCUUCAAGAUUCGCUCGCGGCUUUAGCAAGGAAAGAAGGAGAUUCGGGGCUCGAUAGGCAGGGGAUCAAGUCCUCUGGCUCCUCUCCAUCUCAUUUCUCUUGGGAUAGUGUAGAUAAUGAUGCCUGCAAAACAGAGAGCCUUGACCUGUUGGCCAAUUCGGCCGAUUGGCCACCGCUUAUUGGGAGCCUCGAGGAGAAAGUGGAGUCGCCCGAUGAGUUCUAUCAAAAGAGCAGCAGGAUGGCCCGGCCCGAAAAGGGCCCGGUUAGUAGGAGGCACAGCUUGGACAAUGGGCUCGGCCGGGUGGCCCAUGAGUACGAGUCGGCCCAAAUGGACGAUAAUAGUGACUCGUCGGAGGCUGAUUACAGUAUCCGUAAGAGCCAAAUCCCACAACCGAUUAGGAGGGUUUCGAACGGCAUUCAAGCUACGUCGGCAAAAAGCGGGAGGCAACUGGUUUAUGCGGUCGGGAAGCGAAAACCAACUAACGGG